GUCAUGUUCAAUCCAUACGAUUGAACUUUCUAUAGACAACACACCAUGACCAUACAGGAGUUAUUGGAGGGCAGAAUUGACUUCAAAGGGCAAAAGAGGGCGGAUGACAUUGUUCGUGUGGCACUCAUCACCAGCACAUUCCUAUCAUUUGUGAUUGGGUUCACCUUCAGCUCUCUCAUGAUAACAAUGAGUACGUUCGCACUCUGUACUGUUGCCGUGUGUCUGGUUGUCCUGCCCCCAUGGCCCAUGUUCAAUCAACAUCCAGUGAAAUGGCUAUCUGUGCAAGAUCACAGUCAGAAGUAAUACUCGGUGUUUAUUUUGAUAUCAUUACCUGCUGCGGGCGCGGGGAGGCAGGGCUUCUGCUUCCUUUCCUGAUAAUCUACUCGUAUUUGCAUAAGAGUGAGUCUUAUUAAUACUGCUGCUUCGGUGCGCUUCGACAGCCUGAGAGCACCAGGUAAGCUUGUCACUCAGCGGUUGUUAUCUUUGCUUCCUCACAUGAAUCCAUCGUGCGCGUUUGGGGCUGUGAUUUCUCCACGACAGUUGGCAUCGCUACCUCUGAGU